CCGACUACUCAGAGGACGUGGAACACUACAAACAGGAACUUUAAAGGAAUGAAAUCUGUUGCCUGUUCCACUAGGAAUAUUGUUUGCAAGGCACAAGGUGUCUUUUGGUAGUGAGCACCCUCUGCGCAUGCGCAGGUCCAUUCGGGAAUUACUGCCCUGCCGCCGACUAAGUUGCAUUCCUUGAAUCCUCGCAGGAAAGACAAUUCUUUAAUCAGAGUUAGUAAUGUGGACAGUACAAAAUCGAGAGAGUUUGGGGCUUCUCUCUUUCCCUGUGAUGAUUGCCAUGGUCUGUUGUGCACACAGCGCCAAUGAGCCCAGCAACAUGUCAUACGUGAAAGAGACAGUGGACAGAUUGCUCAAAGGAUAUGACAUUCGCUUGCGGCCGGACUUUGGAGGGCCCCCUGUGGACGUAGGGAUGCGGAUCGAUGUCGCCAGCAUAGACAUGGUCUCCGAAGUGAACAUGGAUUAUACACUCACCAUGUAUUUCCAGCAGUCUUGGAAAGACAAAAGGCUUUCUUAUUCUGGAAUCCCGCUAAACCUCACGUUAGACAACAGGGUAGCUGACCAACUCUGGGUGCCAGACACCUACUUUCUGAAUGACAAGAAAUCAUUUGUGCAUGGGGUUACGGUGAAAAAUCGAAUGAUCCGACUGCAUCCUGAUGGAACGGUUCUCUACGGACUCCGGAUCACAACCACAGCUGCAUGUAUGAUGGAUCUACGAAGAUAUCCUCUGGAUGAACAGAACUGCACUCUGGAGAUUGAAAGUUAUGGCUAUACCACUGAUGACAUUGAGUUUUACUGGAACGGAGGAGAGGGAGCUGUAACUGGAGUUAAUAAAAUUGAACUUCCUCAGUUUUCAAUUGUCGACUACAAGAUGGUGUCCAAGAAAGUGGAGUUCACAACUGGGGCUUAUCCACGACUGUCACUAAGUUUUCGUCUAAAGAGAAACAUUGGUUACUUCAUUUUGCAAACCUACAUGCCUUCCACACUGAUUACAAUUCUGUCCUGGGUGUCUUUUUGGAUCAACUAUGAUGCAUCUGCAGCCAGAGUUGCACUAGGAAUCACCACCGUGCUGACAAUGACAACCAUCAGCACUCACCUCAGGGAGACCUUGCCAAAGAUCCCUUAUGUCAAAGCGAUUGAUAUUUACCUGAUGGGUUGCUUUGUGUUUGUGUUCCUGGCUCUGCUGGAAUAUGCCUUUGUAAAUUACAUCUUCUUUGGAAAAGGCCCUCAGAAAAAGGGAGCUAGCAAACAAGACCAGAGCGCCAAUGAGAAGAACAAACUGGAGAUGAAUAAAGUUCAGGUCGACGCCCACGGCAACAUUCUGCUCAGCACCCUGGAAAUCCGGAACGAGACGAGCGGCUCGGAAGUGCUGACGGGCGUGAGCGAGCCCAAGGCCACCAGCAUGUACUCGUACGACAGCGCCAGCAUCCAGUACCGCAAGCCGCUAAGCAGCCGCGAGGGCUACGGACGCGCGCUGGACCGGCACGGCGCGCACAGCAAGGGGCGCAUCCGCCGGCGCGCCUCGCAGCUCAAAGUCAAAAUCCCCGACUUGACUGAUGUGAAUUCCAUAGACAAGUGGUCCCGAAUGUUCUUCCCCAUCACCUUUUCUCUUUUUAACGUCGUUUAUUGGCUUUACUACGUACACUAA